AUGUAUCACCACCACAAGAACGGUUCCUUGGAGCGCAGAGCUCAAGCUUCCAACGGAGACAUUGCUACUACUAACGCUACUAAUGGCACCGUUGGUGCUUCCAAUUCCAAUUCCAAUUCCAUUACCAGACUUCUUGGAAACCCUAGAAUUGAUCACAUGCCUGAUAAUUAUGAAGACCUUCCUUUGGAUUUCAACCCUCUCGUCUUCACUUCACUCGAGAGACAUCUUCCUUCUCAUAUUCUUACCCUAUCUAGAGACCUCAAAGCUCACUACAUGUCCAACAUUCUACUCCGUUAUUUGCCUCACAGUGAACGCGUUAGGAUGCAAAAACAAAAGGAAUACAGGCUAAAGAUCAUAUUAAACUAUCCUCCGCUUCAUAAGGAGAUAUAUACUAUGCUCAGUGAAAACUUUUUUGCACCCUCAUUUCUCAGAGCUAUUAAAGAUAAUACAGAAGCGAGUUUCAGAAGUAUAAUGGCAGAACCCUCCAGAGGAAUUUAUACAUUUGAAAUAUUUCAACCACAUUUUUGUGAAAUGUUGAUAUCUGAGGUAGAUCAUUUUGAAAGAUGGGUCCACGAGACCAAAUUCAGAAUCAUGCGACCUAAUACAAUGAAUCAAUAUGGUGCUGUUCUUGAUGAUUUUGGCCUAGAAUCCAUGCUUGAUAAAUUGAUGAAUGAUUUCAUACGUCCUAUAGCCCGAGUUUUCUUUUCUGAAAUUGGGGGAUCCACACUGGACUCUCAUCAUGGUUUUGCUGUUGAAUAUGGAGCCAAUAGAGAUGUGGAACUUGGGUUCCACGUGGAUGAUGCAGAAGUCACCUUAAAUAUUUGUCUAGGAACACAAUUUUCAGGCGGAGAACUGUUCUUCCGUGGUGUUCGAUGUGAUGAACACGUGAAUACAGAGACCCAAUCAGGGGAGGUAUUCGAUUAUCCUCAUGUUCCUGGACAUGCAGUCCUUCAUUCUGGUCGCCACCGUCAUGGUGCUAGACCUACAAUAUCUGGGAAUCGGAUCAACUUAAUUCUAUGGUGUAGAAGUUCGGCGUUUAGAGAGAUCAAGAAAUAUCAGAGAGAAUUUCCUAGCUGGUGUGGAGAAUGUAGACGCAAGAAGAAGGAGAGAGAGCGUAUAGCAGUUGCUGCCACCAAAGCGGAAUUACUGAAGAGGGAGCUUAAAUCCGCCUCAUGA